AUGGCCGGCUGGCGCAUGGAUUCCAGGAACGCAUUCGUUUCUCUCGGGCAGCGGGUCUUCGUCACCGAUGGUCAGUCUCGCUGGUACGCUGCAAGCGAGGACGACGACCUUCUGCCAACCUUGGGCGUCACCGUCGCCACUGGGUUCAGCCGGGGCCCCUGGAUGCCUGCCUCGUGCAGCGGAGACCUGCGGACCUCUGGAGGCGCGAAGGUCCAGACCUUCGCGGAUCUGUCCCGAGAGAUGCCGCAGAAGGGCGGGUUUCGGCUCACCACGAUGCCGCAAGUGCAGCGCUGCCGCGGCCGCUUCGCGGCGCGGCAGGUGCAGGUCGAGGGACCUCGAUGCCCCCCCGUGGCUGUGGCCUGCCCGAGCGGAUGCCUCUCGCCGCCUCGCGGCCGGGCCUGCCGCGGCGGCCGCGCGCCCGCGGCGGCGCCCGGCCGCUGCCGCGCGGCGCCCUGCCGCGACGCCGCCGCGCCCGCCCGCGCGGCGGCGCCGCCCGCCCGCGAGCGGGCCGCGCACGCCGCCGCGCCCGGCGGCGCGGUCAGGGGCCAGUCAAGGUUCGGGUGUGCAGGCGAGGUUCGCGCCGUGGCGCUCGGCGGCCGGGGCCCGAGGGUGGGUCUGCUCUCCAGCCUGCGGCGCGAGGGGCAGGACGAGCUGCUGGGCCGCGCAGUGGCGGGCAGGUUCCGGCUCUGCCGCCGCAUCGGCUCCGGGUCGUUCGGCAGCGUCUACAGCGCGAGGCACGACCGGAGCGGCCUCGAGGUGGCCGUCAAGCUGGAGCGGGCUUCGGCGCCGUACCCACAACUCUGGCACGAGGCCAGGGUGUACGAGGUGCUGGGCGAGCACCCGGCGGUGGUCCCUCGGGUCCACUGGUACGGCCGCGAUGGGGACCAUCAGGUGCUCGUGAUGGACUUGCUGGGGCCCUCUCUGGCGGACCUUCACAAGCAGUGUGGGGGGGCCUUCAGUCUCAGGACCAGCAUAGCCCUGGCCGAACAAAUAGUGAGCCGACUGGAGGAGUUGCACUCCGCAGGCCUUUUGCAUAGGGAUGUCAAGCCUGACAAUUUUUGCAUUGGUCACGGGGCCAUCGCCGGUGCGAGCGAGGUGUACGCUCUCGAUUUUGGUUGUGCCAAGAGUUUCAGGGAUCCACAGACCAUGCGGCACAUCCCGGAGGAGUCUGGCAAGUGCAUGGUAGGCACCGCGCGCUAUGCGAGCCUCCGCGCACACAUGGGCCAGCAGCUUAGCAGGCGCGACGAUCUCGAAUGCGUGGGCUACCUGCUGGUGUGGUUCCUGAAGGGACGCCUGCCCUGGCAGGGCCUGGACGCCAUCAGCUCAGAGGAGCGCAUGACGAAGAUAGCGGCGGCCAAGGCCGGCAUCGCCGCCGCCACGCUGUGCGGGGGCCUCCCGCGCGAGAUAGAGGCCUACGUCACCUACUGCCGCGGCCUUGGCUUCGAGGAGCGGCCAGACUACCGCCGCCUCCGCUCCCUCCUGAGGGCGGCGGUGGGCCACGAGGGCGUCCCGAGGACCCUGCGACUGGACUGGCAGCCACCGCCGACCGACGCGGAGCCUCGCCCUGCGGAAGCACCGCCGGCGAGCCCGGCCGCCCUGCGCCGCGACAGCCUCGCGCGCCCGACGCCGGAGGCGGGCCUGGCCGAGCCCGACCCCCGCGGAGAGGCGGGCCGGCUCCCCGACCGCCGCGCGGCCCACCAGGUCGUGGGCGCCCGUGCGCCACGCCUGGGGCCCCACGGCGUGCACGCGGAGCUCCUGCGGUGA